AUGCCUCGUAGGUUUAGUCCCCGAUUUAUUCGUCACGGCCUUCUGCUAUGUACAUCGGCAAUAGGUACUGGUUUCCUUGGACAAUAUCUUGUUGACAAAAACAAAGUGAAAGCAGCAGAACCCGCAUUACAUCGGCCAGAUGUAUGGCUAGAUGAUUUUCCAUCACGAGAGGUACAAAUAGAUAAAAUGUCGAAAGAGCCAGAGUACGAUAUCGUCGUUGUUGGUGGUGGUGCAACAGGUUGUGGAAUCGCAGUUGAUGCAGCAAGUCGCGGUCUCAAAGUGGCUCUCGUGGAAAAGUAUGAUUUUAGUAGUGGUACGUCAUCAAGAUCGACGAAAUUAAUUCACGGCGGUGUUCGAUAUCUACAAAAAGCUAUCAUGCAACUCGAUCGUGAACAAUAUCACAUGGUGAAAGAAGCUCUAUCUGAACGUGGUAAUCUUCUUAAAAUCGCGCCGCAUUUAUCUUAUCCGCUACCAAUCAUGUUACCAGUUUACAAAUGGUACUUAUUACCAUACUUCUACGCUGGUAUCAAAGCGUAUGAUAUCGUAUCGGGACGGCAAUUACUCCGAUGGUCAUAUUUGAUAUCAAAAACCAAAGCAUUGGAAUUGUUUCCGAUGUUGAAAAAGGAAAAACUUGUUGGUGCUAUUGUUUAUUACGAUGGACAACAUAAUGAUGCACGAAUGAACAUUGCAUUGGCAUUUACCGCUGCACGAAUGGGCGCGAAUGUGGCUAAUCAUUGUGCUGUAACUGAAUUUAUUCAUGAAACUACUCAGGUCGAUCAUGGCAAUGGAAAAGCAGAAACAAAAAAGCUAAUACGAGGUGUGAAAUGCCUAGACCGUUAUCGAAAUAAAGAAUUUACAAUUCGAGCGAAAUGCGUUGUCAAUGCUACGGGACCAUACACUGACUCCAUACGACAAAUGGACAAUCCAACAGCACCGAAGAUUUGUCAACCAUCAUCCGGCGUUCAUGUUGUUUUACCAGAUUAUUACAGUCCCAAUAAUAUGGGUUUACUCGAUCCAAAUACAUCAGAUGGACGCGUCAUCUUUUUUCUACCUUGGCAAAAACAUACAAUGGCUGGUACAACGGAUACACCUUGUGAAGUAACGGAUUAUCCAUCUCCAUCAACUGCAGAUGUUGAUUUCAUCUUGGGCGAAGUGAAAAAUUAUCUUUCAUCCGCUGUACAAGUACGUCGUGGCGACGUUCUUGCAGCAUGGUCUGGCAUUCGACCACUUGUUCUCAAUCCUGAUAAGAAAGAUACUCAAUCAAUUGCACGAAAUCAUAUCAUUCAUGUUAGUGACACAGGUCUCGUUACAAUUGGGGGAGGCAAAUGGACAACUUAUCGACAAAUGGCUGAAGAAACAGUUGAUCGCUGCGUGUCAUCUGCCAAUCUUCAACCGAAAAAUGGUUGUGUUACUAAAGGUUUAAUAUUGACUGGCGGAGAAAAAUGGACACCAACGUCUUAUAUUCGUCUGGUCCAAGACUAUGGUAUCGAAACCGAAGUUGCUGUUCAUCUUUCAAAUACCUAUGGUGAUCAAGCACACAAAGUCGCUGAUUUAUCGUCAUUGACCGGCAAACGUUGGCCUGUGGUCGGCAAACGUUUACACGAAGAGUUUCCUUACAUUGAAGCGGAAGUGAUCUAUGCAGUUAAAGAAUAUGCUCGUACAGCUGUCGAUAUUCUUGCGCGACGAACACGUCUUUCGUUUUUAAAUGUUAUCGCUGCUGAAGAGGCACUUCCGCGUAUUAUCGAAAUCAUGGCGAAAGAAUUACAUUGGAAUGAACAAAAACAAAAGGAAGAAACAGAUCGUGCGAAAACAUUUCUUCUUCGUGAAAUGGGUCUUAAUUUGAAACGUGAUAUGCGUCGAAAUGUCCCAAUUAAUUUCACUCGCGAAGAAAUGGGCUAUUAUAUGAAACAUUUUCGACAAAUCGAUGUCGAUAACAAAGGUUUUCUUACACUCAGUGAUUUAAAACGACAUUUACAGGUUUCAACCAGCGACAUAUCUGAAGAAGAACUUCGAAUUUUAAUGCGUGAAGUUGAUCAAAAUCAAAAUGGAAUUAUCGAAACUGAAGAAUUUCUUCAAUUAAUGAGCGCUCUGAACACGGGUGCAGUUUCAACAAGUCAUUUUGUCAAAGCGGCUCGUAUCGGCAAGAUAAAAAGCAAUGCUCCACCUGAACUCAACAUUUUAUCUAAAUCAUCUGAACUAAAUAAAAAUGCUUUCACUGUUCUUUUAUUAUUUCAAUUGAUAAUUCCUGCUCCUAGAAUCUCUAUUUUCUUUCGUCUUUGUUCGAAAAAAAAUCUUCAUGAGGAGUACGUAAAUAAAUUUUAUGUUAAAAAUAGCAUUGAAGAUUUUAUUCCAUUAAAUUUUAAUGUAGGAAAAAAAAAGAAAGAUUCGAAAAGAGGUUCAAAUACAAUUACGAGUCGAUAG